ACGGUCUUUUCGACGUGGUGGAGGAGGAAGACGCCAGUGUUUGCGUUGGGAACCCGGUCUGGCGCGACCGAACGGUGGGGGCCGCGGGUAGGGCAGGCCGGGGCUCUUUGUCGACUGUCCGCACGGAGUCGGCACUGAGAUCGGGCGAGGCGCGGCGGUUGAGGCCUUGGGCCCUGCUCGGAGCCUUUGCAGGCCGCGCGGGCUCCCGGUCGCUGUCGGGCCAGGAAGGUCCUCUAGGUGCCUUGUGCUCCCUGCCUAUAUCUCUUAGAGCGUUUAGAGGCUCUUGUCAGUCUGCCCACGGCGUGUGUUCGCACCAGUAGCUUGACACUCACCACGUGGCCUCCAAACUUGGAGAUUCACAAUUGGAAACCGCCAUACAGAAAACUGGGUAAGGCAGAGAGAAAGUGAUGGCUCAGUCAGAAGGGAACUCUGUUGACUGCAUGACACCUGAUGGAGCUGACGACACUGGAAACCACAGUGAUGACUCAUCUGAAAGCUUAUUUAAAACACAGUACAUUCCUUUACCCACACAAAAGCAAAGAAAGCCUACUGCAAAAUGUGUCAUUUCACCUGCGAACGUUGAAACUGACUCUUCAAGUGACUCCUCUAUAGAACCAAGGCCUUUGACUUUAAAGGCCAUUUUUGAAAGAUUUAAGAAAAAGAAACGGAAAAAGAGGAAAUACAAGCCAAAGUCGAGACCAAGGGAAAGACCAUCUGGAAUAAAGAACACUAGAAACCCUAGGAGGUCACAAAUAGAUGUGAAACAAAUUAAAGACAAAGGAGCUGUGCUUCCAUUCUUAGAAUCUGAAAAUGGAAGAAAACCCUUACCUUGGAAGAAAAUUUUAACAUAUGAGCAAGCUGUUGCAAGAGGAUUUUUUCACCACAUUGAAAAACUCAAGUAUGAGCACCAUCUUAAGGAAUGCUUGGAACAAAUGCAUGCUGGGGAAGAUUUAGAAAAGGAAGACUUCGACAGCCGGAGACACAAGUACAUGGAUGAUGAUGGUCCUCUUUCUCCCAUUGACGAGCCAUUGACAGAAGACGAGACAACAAGUCCUGAGUCUGAAUGCGAUAUCAAAUUGGUUCAAAACAGUUGCUUCAUAAUAAGCUCAGAAUUUCCAAAGAGAAAUUUAGAACAAAAGAAGACCAAGAAAGAAUCUGCAUUCUCUAAAAAAAACUAAGGGUAAACAUAACUGCACAAGAGAGCACGCUGAACAGCCUGGAAAGGAAAUGUACAUCUGACUUAUCAAAGAAGGUAAAGAACACUCAGAAACAGUGACUUAAUAGAAAGACAUGACUACAGGUGUUUCAUUUGGCAAGUACAUGAAGAAAGUACCUGAGCCAGCUUGCGAAAGAAGCCACAGGACUGGGAAAGCAAAUACUUAGGAAUUUCUUUUUAGAGCUUGGAUACUGGAACAUUAAAAACAAUUGUGAUACUGAUCCUGGAAGAAAAAUGCUAAUAGGAAAUCCUACACGUCUUUCUGGUUUCAGGAACCCCAGCCCAGUGACUGAUUCCAAACAAAGUUUUUAAAACAGAAUCAUAUCUUUGUGUUUAGCUUGCAUGAAUGUGUGUAUACAUCCUAGUACCCAGGGCCAGAAAGUAUCAGGGCUCUUGGAAAUGGAGUUUACAAGAUGGUAUUAACCAGCCAUCUUGUGAGGUGAGGGAUGUAAGCUAAAUCACAUCCUCUAAGAAUGCUCUUCUUUGAACAGACUUUUCAUACACUCUUUCUCCCAAACACAGCUCCAGGAUGCUACAACCCCUGUGUGCUAACUUCUGACUAGGUGUGUAGUUCUUUAGUCAAAGAGUGUCUUUCCCUAGGAUACUUCAUACAUCCUGUGGUCACACUGUAAAGCUGGCUUUUGUGGGCAGCACUUGUGUAUGUUUUUGUUCAGGUGGUGGACAAAGGCAGGUUAGACAGGUGCAAAAAUAAAUCCUCUUUUGCAACCCA